AUGGCCUCUGUGACCAGCGUCGCCGCCGGCACGGGCAAUGCGGGCUCAGGUGCCCUUCUCUUCCCUCUCCAAGCCUCCGUGCCAACGCUGCGAAGCUCAGAUCCAGAAGCCGAGGCCGCAGCUGCUGAGCUCGUACGUGGGCAACAACGGCAGCAGCGGCAGCGCCAGCAUCAAGCGAGUAUUGGUGUGUCGGUAGAUGUUUCGGCAGUGCUGGGCAGCCGUGUGGAGAGCGGCGGCACUAGCGACGACCGCCGUCACCGCCAAAGCUGUGUGCACGGGCCCGUAGGCUCGCCCAGCCACGCCACCCGUGCGUGGCAGCAGGGGCCGUCGCUGCAGCCUCCUGAAGGGAGCGGACAUGCGGACAGCGAGGGCAAGGGUCAGCCAGCUCGCCAGAAGGCGCGACUUGCCCACAAUGAUCACAAAAUAUUCAUGUGCGAUACGGAGAGCAAGGGGCCCGGCAGCUUCCUCAUGCGCUGCGAGGCUGAGGAGCGCUUCGCACCGGAAUCCGUGCGCGCUCGCAGAGAUAAGGACCGCACCGCCUAUCACGCGAAGGCGCCGGGCGGCAACACGGCCAACCGCUCCCGUAUGCCUGAGUUGGUGGGCUUCGACGCCCUCGACGAUGCGGCCGCGGUCAGGGGGGCAACAGUGCAGCACCAAGGCGAGAGUGUACCUGCGCGGUCCCACUCGUCUUCUCUUCUUGCCUUUCCGCAGGAGCUGCAGCGCACCCUGCCACCAUCCGCGGUCAUCACCGCCGGCGGGCAUUAUCGAUGUGUCAGGCAGCAGGCCGUGGCGCGUCUGCCGCCAUCACAGGCCUCCGAGGCGGUAGACAUCGAGGGGCCAGACACAGCACACCGACACUGGCCAUCACCUGCUGCCCGUCGCAUGCACUUGCGCUUCUCACAUCGCUGCUCAGAGCCGCUUUGCGAGGCAGCCAACUCCACGAGCCUGUACGCGACGACACCACCGCUGAGGCUGCGUGCUGGCAUCCCGCCCCCGGCGUUACCGCCGCUGAGCAGCUCUGGAGUGACGCAGCAGCCACCGACAACGCCGCCGGCCGGCGACCAUGAACGCGGCGAGAGCGGUGAGGAAGAGGUGGAGGAUGCCGCCAGCGACUGCGCGCACAGCGGAGAGACGGCCCUGUUUGUGACGGCCCACUCGUCGUCGUCCACCCUGACCGACAGCUCAUCGCGCUCGCCGGCGACCACCUCGGUGGUGCAGCACAUCCCCAGUCACGCCACAGCAUUCGUGGCGGGCGCGCCGUCUUUCCGGACACGUCCGCCUCCGCCAGCUCCCGUGACAGAGCCUUCCGCAGCGGCAUCAGCUACGCCUCUGGAACCACCAGCGCUUCCGUCGUGGGGGCGAGAGAACGUGCAGGGACUCGCCGCCCCGCCGCUGCGGGACUUAGGUUUGCCUGGGCUGACGCUGUCCGCCACCGCACCGGCGGCGGCGUCGAUGGCGCAGGGCCGCUCUCCCCGCACGCCGGGUAGUCAGCGCGGGUCGCACUUGAUGUCGCACGUGCGCGUCGCUCUCAUCGACGCGCGGAGCGUGCGUAGUCAUCUGGACGAGCUGAGGGCGCUUCUCCCCAAGCAUCGCACCGGUGCCGCCGGGGCGACGACGGCGCCGGACAUCACGGGCGGCAUCGCUGGCAACAUCGAGCCUGCGGGGUCCACCCACCGCGUCUCCGCCACCGCCGAUACCCCAGAUGAACAGCACACAGGCGCAAAAACAGCGGCCGACGUUAGGGCACGCGACGAUGGGGCGGGUGAGACUGGCGAGAUACUUGACGGCGGGGAUGAUCCCGCUGGCAUCGCGCACUGCACGACAGCCAUGAACCCGCUGAACUUCUCUCUCCUGCAGAAGGCGGUGCGAGACAGGAAGGGUGAUGGCAUCGUUGAGGGCUGCGGCGGUGGCCGAAAUACUCUACGUGCUCGCGCAGGCACUGGGAAGACUUCUUCGCAGCUGCAGCACUCGACAGGCUUGCACCGCAACGGCAACGACGUUGACGGUGACGGCAGCAACGACGGCGGUCGAUUGCCAGCGACGACGCUCAACGUUAGCGGCCUCUACACAUCGUCGCUUAACGGCUACCGGCAUCAGCGGCUAACGCGACUUGCUGAACAGCACCUGAAGUCCCUGUGGCUCGGCGUCAGCGCUGUCGCGAAGUCGGUGUGUGGCGUCGCGGUCGAGCAAUGUGCGGAGAUGGACCUCAUGCAGGGGCCGACGCUACUGGACGGGCAGGCGCUGCUUUUCCCGAGCGACACGACUGCUGCGGAGUCGGCUGCGCUGUCGUCGGCAAGCUCGCCCUUCGAGGCCGCGCUGCAGCAGCAGCAGCAGCACUGCGCAAGUCCGCCGUCGCCGUCUUCUACCGCUGCGACUGCCUCGCCAACUUCACACGGCCCACUGCAGCCGAGCGGCGCCGCCGUCUCUGCGCAAGAUGGGGAGGCCACUGCGACGAAGAAGGCGCCUCGCGGUGCCUCGAAGCCGCCACCGUCAGCAGAUCCCCCCGACCCUAUGCUAUCCUUGCACUUCUCAGAGGCCCCGCUGACAGCUGCCACGGCCGAGGUCACAGCGCAGCGACUGGCCAGCACCACGAGGGACAACUCGCCUUCGGGCCGCCACCGCGACUCCCACCACCGAUGUCUCGACGAGGCGGCGCCACUGGACAGCGCCGCGGGGGGCGGCAGCGGGUGUGUCCUCUGGCCCUCGCUUGGACGCACCGCCGUCUCGGCCAUUGCCGCCAGUGACUCGACCAUCACAUGCACGCGCGGCGAGGGGGGUGCGAGAAUCCACUCCUGCUCUUCCGCCGUGCCCUCCACCGCGCUGACGACGCGCACAAGCGCGCCCACGAACACGAACGCGAGCACCGUCAUGGUACACCCCUGUGCCCACUCGGACUUCUACCGCAGCGGCGACAGCAGCGGUAGCGGUCGCCACCACAGCACCACAUCGCCGACGUUGUUCUCGAAGUGGUCGAACGCGCCCACGUCGGGGAUUAUAUACACCCACAACACGCCGCCGGCAAACCUCAGCACCAGCUCUAGUGGUGGCGGGGGCGGCAGUGGCUACGUGGCUGGUGCUGCGGCAAGCUCGCUUUCCGGGUUGCCGAGGCCAACGGCAUCGACGACGGCGACCGCGGGUGACGGAGGACAGCCUCUGUACACGCUACCCUCCACCCUCCUCCAGCUACAGCAACCGCCGCCGCAGCACGACUCGUCGUCGCAGUCGGCCCUGUCCGCUUCCAUGGACGGCGUUGCCCCUCCUAGCUCGUACGCGUCGCCGCCAGUAGCAGCGGUUACUCAACUUUUUCCCUCGCAGUACCAGCUACUUGUCCGGGGCUGCGCCGCUUCCGCCUCAGCACUGUCCACCGCGCUGCCUCAGCACAGCUCUUCCGGUUUGCGGCACUCGGAGGCUGGCGGCAGUAGUUGCCCUCUUGCGGGUUCGGCGCCGGGGCCCAUGUGGAUGCUGCCGCCGCCGUCACCCAUAUCGCCGCCUCCACCCGCGGCGGUUCACAGAGGCGCCGCCGCCGCUGCAGCGAGCGGCACCUCCGGGGUGUUGGUUGUGGCCCCGACGGUGCCAAGUGCGUUGCCCAGUCCCUACGAGGCAACGAGUAGCGGGGUCGAUGCUGGCGCGUCUGCCUUAAAGGGCCUGUGCACGCACUCUUCAGGGGUGGCGCCGGCAAAGGCCUCCACUUCUCCGUCUGGCUCGACGUUGACGCCAUCACUGCUGGCCGCCAUGCCGAGCCCUCCUCCCCUCAAGGCACCGUUCAUCAAGGUACAGCGAGAGGAGGUGGCUGCCGACACGGCGCCCGAUUUACACUCCAGCGCGAGCGUCAGCGGGGCACGGCGCGCUGCUGCUGCUCUCGCGGUGAGUACCAGCGGUCCCGCGGCUCAUGCGCGAGGCGAGUAUCGUGGGCAGUCACCGGUCUCCUCCGGCCUGCCACUGGCAGGCCACGAGGGACUUGGUAGAGAUUGCGCAGAGGCGCGCGCGGGAACCGCGGCCCAGGUUGAUUCCGCCGCGGCUGUUGUCAUGGAGGUGACGGCUCGAGGAGGGACGAACGGCGCAUCGCACAGCAUUGGCGCGGCAGCGGCACUGCCUCCGGCCAUCGUCUCCCCGUACGGCAUGCUAGCCGAGAGAGAGCUGUAUGUUGUGCCACCCAUUCAUGAGUCGAUGGAGUUGCUGGCACGCGAGAUACACGGCAGGGGCGACACACCCACCUCGUCCGGAGCCACACCGCCGGUGAUGAUGCCGGGCUCACCUCUGACUGGGCGUGGCAGACUCGAGGCCCGCAGCAGCAGUCCGGCGCGCCGAAGUGCUGCCACAGGGGCGUCAGUGACGACCGCGGGGCGAGUGCCGCUGAUCACGAGCGAUUGCAGUGAGAGUGUCGAAGGGUUGUCUCAGCCGUUUUCAUGGACGCGCGCGGCAGCGACGCCGUUGCCGCCGUCACAGCAGCACCACACAAGCAGCAAACACGUGUUAAUGAGGCACCGGGACGCGCAAGCGCAGCCGGCUCUGCGGUCCUCACUGCUGUUCGAUGGAACAACGCCGGUGUCCGCCAUCUCCGCAAACGGCAGUCAGCAACUAGCGGAUAAUGGCGAGAGUGACGGCGCUGACACGGCGGUAAAGGGGUUUCACCGCCCCGCCGCGCAUGCGGCGGCAGCGGGGGCGCGGGCCGGCAAGGUCUCAACUAAAGAUUUUUCUACGGGUGCCGGCUCGGCGGAGCUGAGGGACGAGGCAGGUGCAUCUUCGGGGUUCACAGCGAGUCGCGACUCGACCGCCUCGCCGCCGUCGCCGCGGCAGCGACAGGAUGAGCAGGACGCUGGCUCCGUAGCUGCGCAUCCGCGUGCGGCGCUUGCGGCAAGAUCGUCACUGUCGUACACAACUCUCUCGGCCGCCACAGCGGAGACCACGUCGCCCGCUGUGACGGCGAUAUCCGUCUCAGGGACGCGCGUGCCGUCCUCUGCUCCCUCAGCAACACUGCCGGCGCCCCUGCGAGCCGAGCGGCAGCCGGGGCAUGGAGGCGAUGGUGCGUCGUUCCCCACACGCCCCACGACCACCGCCGGCCCUGCCCUUCACGACCUUGGCGACGACGAGGACACCAAUACAAUUUUGAAGCGCAGCAGGAGUGACAGCAGCAGCAGCAGCGCCUCGCAUACACCGUCACAGGAGGCACUGCUGAUGGACGGAACGCGGCAUCGGCCGUUGCAUGCGGCGCUUCCAUGGGCCCAGUUGCGUCCUCCCCCCACACCGACGUCGGCUACCGCGUCGUUGACGACGCACUCGGCCGACAGCGCGGACAUGCUGCGAGUGCGUAGGGAAGACAUGGAAAAGGACGGCGACGCAAUCAGCGCAGGGAUGUGCGCCACAUCGCUGCCUGCUCGCCCCAACGGCCUCGCGACAGGCACGGACGGAGCACUCCGGUCUUCCUCUCCAACAACGCCGACCCUGCCGAGGCGGGGGGAAGUAGCUCAUGGUGUUCCAGCGACUGAAGCGGGGGUGCGCAAGGCAGAAGCUCUGGUGACGCAAUCCACGAGGGAGGACGGUACAGCGGACACCCCUGGCCCCCUGGCCUCCUCCCUGGCGCCGCGGCCGUGGGCGACGCGAGGUGGCAGGCUUGUCGGCGUGUGCACGAAUUCGACGGCAGCCGCAUUCGACACGGAGCACGGCGGGGCACUGCCGGCAACGGUGCAGUCGUCUGAGAGGCUGCACACGGUCGCAUGCGUGGGCACGUGCAGUGGCGACGAUGGUGGUGAGGCAGGCGAGGCGAAGGGGAGAAGGGGGGCCGUUUCCGCGGACGAGGUGGCUGCCAGCGACGGCGAGGAUGGCCGUGAUCUGCUCUCCCUCUACGUGAACAGCGACGCACAUGACUUGCCAAACUCACCUCAGGGUGCAGCUGCGUACCAGCUAGCGCUGCAGCAACCACAGUACCACCAGCGCCAUCUGAUGCAGACGUGGUCUAGCAUCUUUGCGAUCAGCUCCUCAGGGCAUUCCGCGGCGGUGACAAGCUCACUACGGACGGCCAUCACAGGCGUGGCGCUGAGCGCCAGCGUGGCGGCUCUUGGGUCACGGCUGAAUACGUCCUCGACGAUGUCGUCUGGCCCCCCGACAGUGCUGGCGUCCGUCGCGGAGGUCAUUCUGGGGAUCGGCACUGCCGCGACCGCCACCGUAGCUGCUGACUCGGCGGCUGCUCCUUCGUUUACGGUGACAAGGAUCGCGCCCACCACUGCAGCCGCCGGGAACUCGACCUGGACGCCGAACAGCACCGUCACCCUCAGUAGUGACUCGGCGUCUGCGGCGGGGUUCACAUCGCCGUCGACGCUAUUCGGCACCACUGUGUCCAGCUCUGCGUCCUACUCGCUGAGCCCUGAGCGAUGCGGCAUCGUAGUGGGCGGUGGCGCUGGGGGAGGGGUGGCGGCGGAGGUGCGCUCCGUGUCGCCAACAGGUGGGGGAGAAGGCGCGGUGUUCUUGCCGUGGUACAGUGCGAGCGCGCCGGCACAAACCGAGGGCGUCUUCCCAAUAGCCGCGAGAGCCGCUGGCGCUGCUGCUGCUGGUAGUGGCGGUGGCGCUGCAUGUGACGCCGGUUUUAACGCGCUUCGCUUGGACGCAACGUUCACCUCGACGUCGACCUCUGCCGAGAGCACACAGCAUGUGCUGAGUCGACUGAAGCCUUUGCCGCAUCUCCCACCGCCGCACAACUACCCCUUCCUGCUACCGGAGGUGACCUCGCCGUCCCUGCGCGAUGGCGACGGCUUCGGGGAAGAUGAGGACGACGUCAACACGUACGACUACGCACAAGACGUAGAUGGCGCUGCCCUGCUGGAUGUGGACUCGGACUUUGAGCCUGAAGAGCGCCACCGCGCUACUGCGCCUGUCCGUGGAGGAAGCGGUGACUCGUCGCGGGUCGAAACACCUUGGUGUGAUGAGGCCAGCGGCGCCGGCUCUGCAUACGGCGACGGCAAGGUUGACGUGGAGGCGUUGCCGACCGAACCACCUCCGGAUAGUGGCUCGAACGAGAGGCCGACGUUGACCACCGUUGCCGACUCCACGCCCACAGCCACCACUGACGAUGGUGGCGCAGGCGGCGCAAGCCCCUAUGCUGCUGUGGUGUCGAGGACAGCGGUGGCGCACGCACCGAGGGUGGGCGAAGGCGGUCGUGCGGAGGGCGACAGCACCACCGAAGGCCGCACCUCCUCAGCCCACCUCUCGGCGCGCUCGCUUGGCACUCCGACUGCUCGCCUUCCAGCCCCUGCCGCCGCGGGGAUAUUAAGUGCGGCGGUCUCCACCAUCGAGGGCAGCGAGGACAUGCGCAUCGUCAGCUUCCCUCGCAGUCGUGAUGAUAUGCCGAUCGCGUCGUCAUGGCCGCUUCUGUGCACCAACACCGCCUCCGCUGCUCCGCGCUCACCGCGCAUAGUGAGCGACUCCCUGCUUCAGCUGCGCGGUGCCGUUCCCGUCACCGCUGCUGGUGAUGCACUCAUGACCUCGACGGCAACAGCGGCGAUGGCAGCAGCAGAGAUGGAGCGUGCGGGCGCGCAGACCGGCCGCAGCGCGAGCAGGCCACACCAUCUCUCUGGGGGCGGCAGUGCUCGCACUCCAGACAGCAUGCCUGCAGGAGACAGCAACGGCGGCAACUACGACGAUGUGGGUGGUCACCUCUUUCCGCAGAGCCCCACCCCGCCGGCGGCGGCGCUCGGGGAGAGGGGCGGCUGGGCAGAGGUGGCGACGACAACCGUCUCUGAGGACACCGCUACUGUGCUCGUAACUCCAGGUCUGCCGGCGAUGCAGCACUCUUCGCAGCGGCAGGCCUCCUCGUGUGCUACGAUGGUGAGCUCGGGGACGCCCAUGGGAGUAGGGGACAGCGAAGGAGUAGCGAGGCUACGAGACGACGGCGGCAUCGACCAACCCAACCGCAAGCACGUCGACCACAGAGAGAUGACGUUGGUAGGCGAGGGUGCGGCGAGCACUGCUGUAGAGGGCCGCAGUGACCACCCGGGAAUGGAUAGGGGUAUCCGCAUCGACGGGGACGCCAUUGACUUGCCGCGUUCAGCGGAGAUAGAAGAGCCGAAGGGGAGGCACGACGGCAGACGUGCAGUGGACGCGACCGCCGGGCGCAGUGGCGCUGCACUCGACACUGGCGGUGGGUUUUCGAUCACAGCUACGCCGCUUGCGAUGACGCCGGCGCUUCGGGUGGCAGGUGCUUCGGCCGGCGACGAUGCCGUCCCUCGCCCUCCGCCGGAGGCGGCGCGCAGCACGGUGCUGGAGUGGACGCCUCCGGCAACAGAAUCGGAGUCGCGUGGGCCACCACCACCACCACCACGGCCUUUGCCGCCAACGCAGCUCUCUAUCCCGUCCUACUACCUCGCCCAGUGCGAAGACGGCCUUGCGGACGUAGCCGGCAGUCUCCACGGCUGGCAUGCGUCGACGUCGGCUUUCUUUUCAGGGGCAGACACCGCCGCUGCACCCGGUCGGCCGCGCGGCGGGGGGAGCAGCCCGGCGAGUCGGGCGUCCGACUUGUACACCUCCAUGUCCACGCUCGCGCGUCGCCGCGCACAACAGCGUGCACUCUACAACGACGCAGGGUUGAGCGGCACCGGCGCACCGUCGCACACGACGACCGCAGCGGUGGACCCGCCACUGCCAGCGUCAGCGAUACCGGUGCUGUCGUCACGCGUUGGCGCGGCUGCUGCUAAUGCCGAAAGGGCGCCCACGCCUCCGACUUUGCCCAGCGCAACGGGCGACGCCACGCACAACGACCGCCUCUUGGCAUUGAUGAGGCACGCUUUGCGCCCCACUGGCGGCGAAGGCGACGCUUGCUGA